UGGUCCCCGGGAGGCGUAAAGAGGGCGUGCAAGUGUCGGUAGAGCUGUCGGGAUGCAGCAGCCGAGAGGAGCAGCUGUAGGCCGUGGCUGCGCUCUCUUUCCACUGCUGAGCAUCUUAGUCGUCCAGGGUGUACGCACUGUCCUUUCUUUGGAGAUAAGUGCAGAUGCUCACGUCCGAGGAUACGUUGGAGAAAAGAUCAAGUUGAAAUGCACCUUCAAGUCCUCUUCAGAGGUCACUGACAAACUGACCAUAGACUGGACGUACCGCCCUCCCAGCAGCAGCCGCACAGAAUCUAUUUUUCAUUAUCAGUCUUUCCAGUACCCAACUACAGCAGGCACAUUCAGAGACCGGAUUUCCUGGGCGGGCAAUGUCUACAAAGGGGAUGCAUCCAUAAGCAUCAGCAACCCCACUCUAAAGGACAACGGGACCUUCAGCUGUGCUGUGAAGAACCCUCCAGACGUGUACCACAAUAUCCCCCUAACAGAGCUUACGGUCACAGAAAGGGGUUUUGGCACCAUGCUGUCCUCUGUGGCUCUUCUCUCCAUCCUUGUCUUCAUCCCGUCGGCGGUUGUGGUCAUUCUGCUGCUGGUGAGAAUGGUGAGGAAGGCAACGGGGGCGAACAAGAGGAGCAGGUCUGGAUAUAAGAAGUCUUCCAUUGAAGUUUCCGAUGACACUGACCAGGAAGACAGCAAUGACUGCGUGGCAAGGUUUUGUGUCCGCUGUGCGGAGUGCCUGGUAAGUGCCCUGCGUGGUGUUUUCUCAUCUUCCUGCCUAUUUGAAGGGUCCUUUGCUCUCAAGAACAGCGCAACAUGCAAGCUAGUGCAGGGAGUAUGA